GGAAAACGCUGCGACGUGAAAUCAAAAUUAACAAGUCGUAAGAUUACUGGCCAGCACUUGCCGGUUUAGUAUUGUGACAGUGGCUGUUAGUAAGUCUUCUACCGUGCUCCCAUGCGCAGGUUAAAAAGUUGGUCGCGCAUGCGCGUUUGUUGUGGCGCGAAACGCGGAAAAGUUUGGCAGGUGCGGUAACAAUUUUGUUUGUGUUUAUAAUAUGCGUGCCCCUUUGAAUAAUUUUGAGAUGUGUGCAGUGAUGGUGACUUGCUUGUAAUUUUAUUACAAUUAAAGGGAUUAUUUACUCCGAAGUUUAUAAAAAUGAAGAAGAUUGAUCCGAGGCGUGUGAUUAGCGGGUUGUUUCCAAUCCUUCAUUGGUCCCGAGGUUACGACGCGCGGACGGCGGUUGGGGACCUAAUUGCUGGCGUCACUGUCGCCCUAACGCUGAUACCUCAAUCUAUUGCUUACGCUUCGCUUGCGGGGUUCGAGCCACAGUAUGGACUUUACGCGUCCCUCACCGGUGGAAUUAUCUACGCACUUCUAGGAACGUGUCCCCAAAUCAACAUCGGCCCCACUGCGCUUCUGUCGCUUCUCACCUUCACAUACACGAGUGGCACAAACCCAGACUUCGCUGUAUUGUUAUGUUUCAUCGCCGGCAUCAUUCAACUGAUCGCUGGAGUUUGCCAGCUUGGUUUCCUCGUGGAAUUCGUGUCAUUACCCGUGGUAUCGGGAUUCACGUCAGCUGCGGCCAUAACUAUUGCGUCGUCCCAAAUUAAAGGCCUCCUUGGUCUUAAAUUCAGCGCAGAGACAUUCGUGGGCACUUGGAAAGGAGUCUUUGGGCAUAUCCAGGACACACGGUUGCCGGACACUUUAUUGAGCUUGGCGUGUUGUAUUGUGCUCCUAGGAAUGAAGGCAUUAAAAGACAUUCGGAUCAAAGCUGCUCAAGACGAGAAAGAUAAUCGGAGCGCAGUUGUUCUUCAAAGGACGCUCUGGUUCGCCGGAGUCGCCAGGAAUGCCGUUGUGGUGGUUGUGGCCGCUGUGUUGGCAUUCUUCAUUCAUCAGGACAGAAACGAUCCGUUAAUAUUAACUGGUAAUAUAACACCGGGUUUGCCGACGCCCAACGCGCCGCCGUUUUCGACGAGUGUGGGGAAUACUACUUUCGGUGCGGGCGAUAUGUUCUCGCAUCUCGGCUCAGGACUAUUGGUCGUGCCCAUCGUUGGGAUCAUUUCCAACGUAGCUAUUGCUAAGGCGUUCGCCAGAGGCAGAACUUUGGAUGCGACUCAAGAGAUCGUGGCUCUAGGCGUGUGCAAUGUUUUGGGCGCUUUCUUCCGCUCCUUUCCCGUGAACGGGUCGUUCACUCGGUCAGCGGUUAGCGACGCGUCGGGUGUGAAAUCUCCCGCCGCUGGCUUCUACACAAGUUUAAUAGUACUGCUAACACUGGCGCUGUUGACUCCGUACUUCUACUUUAUCCCUCGUGCUGCUCUCGCUGCCGUGAUCAUCUGUGCUGUGUUGCAUAUGGUCGACAUUGCUAUUAUCAAGAACUUAUGGAAAACAAGUAGACUAGAUCUCAUCCCAUUGUUCGGUACAUUCAUCUGCUGCCUAGCGCUAGGCAUCGAAGUGGGUCUGAUCUGUGGAGUACUGGUCGAUGUCUUACUACUUCUCUACUACCACUCGAGACCUCCACUGGAUGUGCAAUUCGUUGACAAUAACGAUUCGCCACCUCACUAUGCCAUACAUCCAGUGGGCGGUCUCCAUUUCGCUGGCGCCGAGACUGUUCGGAACAAACUUUCCUCACUUAGGAGUCCAAGAAACAAAAUAAACAGACCUGUCACAUUGACAGUAGUACCCGGAAAUCCUAACGGUGGCAUCAGUUUUGUGGAAAACGGUGAUGCCAUUAACGAUAAUGGCAGAACAGAAGAUACUCAAGUCGCAAAUUCAUCGAAUGUUUUAGUGGUCCACUGUGACGCUUUGUAUCGGAUGGACUACACAUUUUUACAGAGCAUUAAAAUGUUAGUCACCGAAUGGUCUCGUACCGGUCGGGUGAUAUGGUGCAACGCGAAGCCCGUGGUCAAGACGCAGUUGGACAGCGUCAUCCAAGACCCUAUUUAUUGUGAUUCCGACCAGCUCAGGAGAUUCCUAGCAGGAGUGUCCGUCGUGAACGACCCUGCUGCCAUCGGUGAUACCCAGCUUUAGUUUAAAUAGUAUUUGUAAAUUGUUACUAUUAAAGGGUUGCUAUAAGUAUUACCAGACAAAACACCAUGGCGUGUGUGUCGCUAAGAUAAUUUUCUCUUUGCAACGGGGUAACAAUUUUAUUAAGUGCUGCAAAGGAACAUUAGUUGUAAAUGUCAAGUUUCAAUCUUCCGGAAAACUGAUAUACUUAUCUAUAAGUUAAUUCGUCUUAAUGUCUCUGCCACGUUUUUGCAGAUAACUAAGUAUAUUAUAAUAAGUACAUAAGAUGUACUCUUUUAGUUUCUAUAGAGCAUUCCGACUUAUUUAUUUUCAUAAGAAUUCAAAUUCUGUAUUGAUUGUUGUUUGUUGUUGAAAUAACAAAUAAAAUACAGAAUAAAUGUGUGUUUUUAAGUUGUAACGCUAAAAUUAUAAUUAAUUUCUGAAAACAUGAAAGCAAGAGUGAACCGGUUUUUAUUAGGUAAGCGCGCUCCAUCGUAGACCAUAAUAUUGCUUUCCAUCAGGCGAAUUAUGGUCAAGCGCUUACCUAUUACCGAAUAAAAAAAAAAACAUAAAUAAAUACUUUAACUACAGUUUGAUUGAUUUGCAAGUUGUAAUUGCUUACAAUAUUAUUGUCACUUUAAUAUUGUAAACAGUUGCGAGUCCCUAAAUUACACUGCUUAAAGUAUUGUCGUAUUGAAAAAUUAAUUUUAUUGGUAAUAGUAUUAUUUAUAAUAGCACAAUAUUGACCAUCAAUCAAAUGCAUAUAACAUUUUUAUAUACAUUUUAUCCCCUUUUCUAUGCAGAAAAUAGAGACCGUGCUCCGACCUAAAUUGUUAAUUAAAACAGUAAAACUUGAUGUUGUAAAUGACAAUUAAUUUCAAUGUGUAAAAGAUACUGAUAAAUGUAAUUUUAUUAUGAUAUUUUUAUUUUAAGUAUUUAACUGCUAGAUGAUAAAUCUAAAGAAAAUUUUACUAGAAAAAAACACUCGGUAAAGGUUUCAAAUGGAAUUUCAAUUCGUAUCUUCCGCUAUCCGGGCAAACGUACUAUCCAAUUAAUCACCUAUGCUACCAAUACUUUAAUGGCCGCGACGAAUUUCCUGAAGUAUUUCCGCCCGGAUAGCGGAAGAUGCGGGUUCGAAUCCCGACUGAAACCAGGACCGAGUGGAAUGUGUUAUAGUAAAAUCUUCUGUAAUUUCAUUAGUUUAUUGAUACAAUUAGAGGGUAAGACAAACAUCUCAAAUAGCUGUGAUUAAAUCAUAGUAGGCAAACCCAUUGAGGUAAGCCUAAUAUGUAAUAAUUAAUUAUUUUUUUGAUAAUUGUGUGAUAAAAUAGCCCUAAGGGCUUCAUACGGGUGAAAAAUUAUAAUAAUUAUGAUACUAAAGAAGUAUAAUUAUUAAUAAAUAAAAUAGACGACAUCUGAAAC